GCGACUGCGCCCGGCGAACGGGCGGGCGUGGGGGUGCGGCCGAGCGCCUGCAGCUGGGCCCGGGCCUCUGUGAGAUGCCUGCGGGGGAGAUCGUGAUGUAGAGCAGCAGCUCCGCUCACCGAGCCUGGGCUCAGCUGAGUGGCGUGGGGGCGAGAAUGGCAGGGAACUGUAGCAACCUCGCGGCGGCAGCGGCUGGCGAGAUCAUCCAGCUGAACGUGGGCGGCACCAGGUUCAGUACCUCCAGGCAAACACUAAUGUGGAUUCCAGACUCCUUUUUCUCCAGCUUACUGAGUGGGAGAAUCUCAACACUACGGGAUGAAACUGGAGCAAUAUUUAUUGACCGGGAUCCCACUGCAUUUGCACCAAUUCUGAAUUUUCUUAGAACAAAAGAGUUAGAUUUAAGGGGGGUAAACAUCAAUGUUCUAAGACAUGAAGCUGAAUUUUAUGGAAUUACUCCUCUAGUUCGCCGCCUAUUGCUAUGUGAAGAACUUGAACGAUCGUCAUGUGGUAGUGUUCUCUUCCAUGGGUAUCUGCCCCCUCCAGCUAUUCCCAGUAGAAAAGGAAGCAUUGGGGGUGCUGGAACCUUGCAGGACAGUAAAUCUGGACCAAGCAUGGCAGAAGGGGUAGUCCAUCCAAAUUCAGUUCCAUCUGUGGCAACUGGAGUCAUCUCAUCUGAAGGGUCUGCUAGAUUGGGCACAGUGGUUGAUCCCCGGAAGGUUCUGAUAGUUGCUGGUCAUCACAAUUGGAUUGUAGUAGCUUAUGCACACUUCGUAGUCUGUUACAGAAUUAAGGAGUCUUCUGGUUGGCAGCAGGUAUUUACAAGCCCUUACCUUGACUGGACAAUAGAGCGAGUUGCUGUAAAUGCUAAGGUUGUUGGUGGACCACUUGGUGAUAAAGACAAGAUGGUAGCGGUGGCAUCCGAUAGCAGUAUAAUUCUGUGGAGUAUUCAGGAUGGAGGCCGUGGCAAUGAAAUCGGUGUGUUUAGUCUUGGAGUUCCAGUGGAUGCACUCUUCUUCAUUGGUAAUCAGCUAGUCGCAACCAGUCACACAGGGAAAGUUGGUGUGUGGAAUGCAGUUACCCAACACUGGCAGGUACAGGAAGUUGUCCCUAUCACAAGCUGUGACACAGCAGGAACAUUCCUUCUGUUGGGCUGUAAUAAUGGAUCAAUAUAUUACAUAGAUAUGCAAAAAUUCCCUCUGAGGAUGAAGGAUAAUGAUCUUCUAGUUACUGAACUUUAUCACGAUCCAUCCAAUGAUGCCAUAACUGCACUAAGUGUAUACCUCACUCCCAAAACAAGCGUCAGUGGAAAUUGGAUUGAGAUUGCUUAUGGAACUAGUUCUGGAGCAGUACGUGUAAUAGUCCAGCAUCCUGAAACUGUCGGGUCAGGCCCCCAACUCUUCCAGACAUUCACAGUUCAUCGUAGCCCAGUGACUAAAAUCAUGCUGUCUGAAAAGUAUCUGGUUUCAGUAUGUGCUGAUAACAACCACGUGAGGACUUGGACAGUCACUCGAUUCAGAGGAAUGAUUUCCACACAACCAGGGUCCACUCCACUGGCAUCAUUCAAAAUACUUUCACUGGAGGAAACUGAGAGCCAUGGGAGUUAUGCUGCUGGUAAUGAUAUCGGACCCUUUGGGGAGAGGGAUGAUCAACAAGUUUUCAUUCAAAAAGUUGUUCCAGUCACAAAUAAGCUGUUUGUUCGUUUAUCUUCCACAGGGAAAAGGAUUUGUGAGAUCCAGGCAGUGGAUGGCAUGACAAUAACCGCAUUUACUGUGAGAGAAUGUGAAGGUUCUAGUCGGAUGGGUUCUCGACCAAGGCGGUAUCUCUUCACAGGCCAUGGUAAUGGAAGUAUUCAGAUGUGGGACCUGACAACUGCCAUGGACAUGGUUAACAAAGGGGAAGAGAGAGAUGUUGGAGGCCCCACAGAAGAAGAGUUGUUGAAGUUGCUGGAUCAGUGUGAUCUAAGCACAUCCCGCUGUGUUACUCCCAACAUCAGUCCAGCUGCCUCUCUAGUACAACAGACCAAACUGCAGGAGUCAAGCUCAAGUCUUCAGCUCCAGACUUCAGAGGUAUUUCAUGAGACAGCAACUUAUGGUUCUGUGAGGCCAUACAGGGAGAGUCCGCUGCUAGCAAGAGCAAGGCGAACGGAAAGCUUUCAUAGCUACCGAGACUUCCAACCUUUCACAUUCAAUAAAAAUAUAUUAGAUAAAGGGAGUACUGGUUCUGAAAGUGAGUCUUCGAUACAGCUGGAGGGGGAGCCAAAAUUAAGGAAACCUGGAACUGGAGACUAUAUCAUUAGUGAGCGAAAGAGCCAAGGGAAUGAGACUUGGGGAAGCAGGAGCCUGGAUGGGAUGCUAGACACUCCAAAAGCAGGUGAAGGUGUGACUGAAUUCAGGAAAAAGAUGCAGGAUGAAGAAAUUGAUAAGUUUGAAAACAAGAAAAAGUGUACAUUUGAAGGAGGAUUUUUAAGCAGAAAAAAAACUGUUGCAGUCCAGCAGUUAGCAUCAUGCUCUGUUGGUGCUGAAGCAGGAAGUGAGCCCCAAACCACAGCCUCGCAGUCUCCAACAAAAGUGGCCACAUCUCCACGCCACAAGAAAACUGAGGCUUUGUGUCAGGAUCAAAGUUUGUGAGUUAUCAUCACUACAAUGGAAGUUUAGAUUUUAACUAACAAGAGCAUUUAUUGCUACAGUAUUCUCUUGCACCAAAAUUGUACACUAAAUACUAUUAAGUUUAAAGAUUUUAUUUUAUUUCUUGGCAGUAUUACUUGUUUAUGGUUGUAUGAGUGCACACUAAAUUCUAGCAUUAGCAUUGUUACAAAAACUGACAGAUUUCCCUCCCUCAACUCCGAGCCUGUUGUAUACUUGUUAGGGCCUUCAGUUGGCUGAGUUCUAUUGUAAACUGCUCUAAUUUAUAUAUAACCUUUUGCACCAAGUGUCUGCUCUUAAAAAGGUAUAUUGAAGUGAUGCAAAAACCAUUCCUGUCUAUGUAUUCUUGGUUCUGAGUUGUUUCAGAUUACAUUUAUUUUAAAGAUCAAGAGCAAACAUAGGUCAAGGGUGCUGCUGAUAUCAGCUUGUGAGUAUAUAUGCAUUAAUUUACAUUCUUUAGAUUAUUUCCCGUCAAACAUGCUGCAGAUUUUGAAAAUAUAUUACAUAGAAGGAAGAUUACUAAAACAUUGUUUAUAUUAUGAACUAUAUUUAAUUUUUACAUGGAACAUGGGUACUACAGCUAGUUACAUAAUUUGACACAUCUGAGCACAUUUUCAUUUGACACCCUGACUAAAGUUAGCAAUAACGCCAGAAGACAAAAGGAAAAUUGUGGUUGUAGAAGUUUAAGAACCACAUUGUGUUGUGUAGUCAGAAAGCAGAUGAAGAAACCAGUCAGUCUGAAAUCUUAAUGAAAUAAUCUUCCAUUUGACAACAUAAAUAACAUUAUUCUGAUUUAUGGGAAAGGGAACAGGUUAUUAGAAUGAGCCAUAAUCUUUAAUUACUCUCUUCCCAAAUAAGUUGAUUGGGCUAGUCUAUUUUUAAAACAUAAUGUAAUGAAGGCCUUGUACUCAAUAGUUCAAUUGAAAGCCAGUUCUUCUGCUUAUCUAAAUUCUAUGCAAUCUCCAAGUCCUUGGAAGGACGAGGCAGGACAAAUUACUGGCACAAAGCAGAAUGAGGCCUUCUAAGUUUCUUUUUAAUGUGAUAGAGGUUUAGUGAUUGAGUUCCACCAGGCAGCAAUUUGAUCCUUAAAGUGAAACAUGUCUGUUGUCAAACAAUAAACCAUAUUAUGUAAAAACUUAAAAUAUUGUACAAACCCCUGAAGAAACUGUCGUGGAGCUAUUAUGUUGUAACACAGCACUUGCAUCACUAUAGUUCACAAUAAGCCACCAAAUUUUUGUAUUGAGAACUUCUAGUUUGUACCUUACCAAAGUCGAUGAUUUUGACCCAUUUCAAAAUCCUUUGGACCAAUUCUUCCUCUUACGGUGGUCUUAUUUUUAAAGGCAUAUCAGCAUUGUGCUUACAUUACAUGGUCACAAGAACAGGGAAAGGUAUCAUUUCUCAAAAACAACAUGGUAUCAUUGUCAAAGAGGCGGAUAAAAUGCUGGUUACAAGAAAUUCUCAGAUGAAUACACUUGUUGAUUUAUUUCAUGAGUUCUAACUUCAAAAGGCCUUUUAAAAUUUAUGUAUCACAGAUUGUUGCAUUACAGUCCCUAAACCAUUUCAACAGUUUUUUGGAAGUAGAUUGGAUAGCUCUACUGCAAACAACUCAGUAUUUGUAGUAAAAUAAAAUUUAAUGGGAAAAAUAUCAUAAAAGUAAAUUACAAUUAAUGUAUUACAAAUUUCUAAUUCUGCAAAAAAGUUUUCUUUUAUAUAAAAGAUUUCCUUGACAUUGGUACCAUCAGGUUUUUGACCUUUGACUUUAGCAGAAUCUCUCAGAAACAGGAGGGAUUUGAAUUUUUUUCUAUUAUAAGACCAAGCUGAAAUGUAAUAAGUACAUGUAAAGUUGUCUGACUAGAAUUUUGUAACCUUUGCACUCCAUGUUAUGUUCCAUGGUAAGGGAAAUAAUAAAUUAAAAACACAGCUUCUUAAACA